GACUCACUGAGACAGGGUGUUUUCUCUCCUCUGUAUUCAGCCCUUUUUUUCAGUUCAUGCCGGGUUUACUGUGCAUGUCUCCUCAGCAUGUUUUAGCACGGCAAGCUUAGUCGUCACAGAGCUUCAGAAUCACUGUAAGGCUCUCAGAAGGGGACUGUUGAAUUUGACAAAUCACAGUGAGAAGGGGAAUCGGUGCCUGAGCAGAGAAGAUUCUGGGUCAGAGGCAACUACAACCACCUCCAAAACGAAGGAUUUAACUCUGUGAUGCCUGCCUGGAAACACCUAUAACCCUUUUCUCUCGUUCAUAAAACAGGACUUAUUUGACUGCAACUUCUUUUACUGCUGUUUAAGUAUUGCUACCUUCAAGACUGUUAUGUUCAGCCAGAGAAACAUGUCUACAAAUGAAACUAUUGACCACUGCAGGGGACCCAACGCAACCACAUACAAAGCCCUCUCCUGGCUGAUGAUUGGAGAGUUCCUGCUGGGUCUGCCACUCAACCUGUCUGUCCUCUACAUCUUCGUCUUCAAGUUCAAGUUCUGGAAGAACAAAAGUAUCUUCCUGUUCAAUAUUGUGGUUGCUGACUUCUUGCUGGUGGCCUGUCUUCCUGCCAAGGCCUACCAUUACCAUCAUGGCCAGAGACGCAGCCAGAAUAAAGUGUUGUGUAAGACGAUGCUCUUCAUGCUGUUCCUCAACCGAGGAGCCAGCAUUGCCUUCCUCAUCACCCUGUCCCUCGACCGCUACUUCAACGUGGUGCAUCUCGGGAGGAGGAAUUUUGUCAAAGCGCUAAAGAAAAGUCCUCAAAUCUCUAUCCUCAUCUGGCUUCUGUUGCUGCCCCUCACCAUCCCCACGAUGGUCACCACCUUUGAAUGCUGCAACAGCCUGGGCCGGGAAGUUGAGACGUUUUAUCACGAUGUUACAGACGUCUUCAGAGAGAUCGUCUACUUCACCCAGAUCAUCAUCCCCUUCAUCAUCCUUGUCUACUGCACUGUACGCAUCGUCAACCGGCUAAGGAGGAAGACGGUCGGUGAAAAGACCAAACUGAGGAGAGCAGUGUGCGUGGUCAUGUCUGUCGUCCUUGUCUUCUCUAUCUGCUUCCUGCCCAGUACUGUAGCCAGAGCGGUGCUGCUGGCCGUAAGACUGAAGGAGUGGCAGGACACAGAGGACGUUGUGGUUCAGGUCUACGACAGCCUCAUGGUUUUGUCUUACAUUGACUGCCUGCUGGACCCGCUGGUCUACUGCUUCUGUAACUCAGGGUUUAAGGAUGCUUACAUAAACACGUUCUUUCCUAAGUGUCUCCAGGUGAAACUGCAAAAUACAGACUUUGGCUUGGGAACAACAGCGACUACAACACUUUCGACUUCUGGAGAUAGAAAAAUUUCUUUGCCAAUAUUAGAGAAAUGAUUUUUUUCCCCCUUAAAUUGUACUGAAAACUAUCUCAGAGGGAGCACAGGUUGUUUAUUGCAGUUACACCUCAGACACACAGAUAGCAUUACCACUGGUCCACCAGAAAAAGGUGCUUUAAGAUAACCUGCAAGAUUAGACUUCCCCUCUGAAAGGCUGCAAACACAGCGGAGGUAAAUGCUGCCCUGCAUCACUCCUCCUCUGUAGAGUUAGUUGUCAGUGGGUAUGACUAUCAUCUGCAUCCAUCUAAAUGCAGCACGUGCUUAUGGUUUAUGUGAGGCAGUGUUGUCCAUCCUGUUUGGGUCAACUCUGUAUGCAUGCACACUUUUGUGUGUCAUCUGCUGAAAAAUGUUGCACAGUAAUUCUCCAAAGUUUUCAGUAUUUUUAUAAUAAUAGAUUUUUUUCUGCACUUUCUCAACGUGGAAUCCAUACUGGUAUGUUCAAUAAUGUCACAUAAAAUGUGUAAGUUUAAGUUUACUUCUUUCAACUGCUAACAGCAAGUCAGAGAAGAUGUCAGUUGAGCAAAGAUACAUUUACAUACAGUCCUGUAAAAAGAGUUAUUCAGGGCUUUAAAGGGAUAGUUUGCAUUUUUUGAAGGUGGGUUGGUAAGGCUAGUUUAUUUUACAUACAGUAUAUCUCAGUCAUCUAUCCCCAGUUUGGAGCAGCAGGCUGUAGUCUGUCACAGACGCUAGCAAUCUGCUGCUGUGGAUGGGGGUCAGCAACAAAAUGUAUUUUAGAGUAAAAAGUUUCACCCAAGAAAAAAUAGUCAAUAUCACUUUAAAUGUACCCGAUGUUGCUAGAAUAUUUUCGCCCAUUUACCGAAAACGCUUGCAUUGCAUGUAAUGGCUUUGGUUCCUCAUCUAAACUAUGGUCAAAGUCACCAGACUCCUUUGACAAGAACAGUAAUUUUAGCUCGCUGAGCACAGGUACUGCUGCUUUAAUCAGCUAGUUUGUGCUAUUGUGUGACUUUGGUGAAUCAGAAUUAACCCCUUCAAAUGCAAAAGUUACACAAUAACACAAAACAAAAGAACUUUUUGAGGCAUCGGAAGAUCAGCAGCUUCUCAAUGUUAAUGCUCCGCAAUGUUAAAUCACUGUUUAUUUCAGUGGAGUCUGGCUUUAAAGAGUGCCAUAACAUAAAAGAGAUAGUGUACAUUGAAACUGAUAUUAACUGUUUUAAUUGGGACUUAAGUGGGGGUGUGCUGACUAUCUACUGUCUUAUACUCUGAUAAUGGAUAAGUACCCCUAUAAAACCAAACUUCAAAAUAUCGAAUCUACCCCUUUAAAAGAGGAUUUAAGUAGCAACAGGGACUAGGGGUGGGAAUCUCUUGGCACCUAAUGAUUUCAUUCCCAGGAUCUGAUUUAUUUUUAAUUUGUGACUACUUGCUUUUAAAACAUAGCCUAGUUGUAAUGCUCCAUAUAUUAAAAAAAAAAGAUUAAUUUACAUACAUUAUCUUUUAUGAAUACAAUAUGAUAGCUUUAAAGCCAAGGAUCAAAUUGUAUCCAUCUGCAGUUGCUCAUGCUCAGCCAGCCUCACAAAAACAAGAACACACAUUUAUGUCUGUUACGUUUCACUAUCCUAUUGCCGCAGUCGAAGGAAACGUAUAGCCCGGUCUUACAAAAUAGUUGGAAGCAAUAAUAACGUCAAGAAUUGGGUUUUACAUUUCAGACUGACUUUUCUGCACUGAGACAUAAUCUUGCAAGAGAGAAUAGCAAUCAGUGUAUAAAAUCAACACCAUCGACUAGCCCAGUGCUGCUGAAACAUGCAAGUGGCUGGUACAUUUGCUUUACUUACCAGCUGAAAAACAAAGGUAGUCAAUUCAAUUUGAAAUUUUGGCCACUGGACGAAAAAGUUGAUUUUGCAACUUGAUUGCAAUGCAUCUAAUACUUGUUAUUUCCCCCUAUUCCUAACAGUUGCGUGUAUAAAUUCUUAAUACUGUCUGGCUGGUCCAUACAUAUGGCUUCAUAUUAUACAUCUGUUGCCUGAUCUAAUGGAAAAUUCGAUUUGUAACAAGUGAGCUAGAUGUAAAUUUGCUUUUGAGCUGCAUGCUUUACAUAGAACAAUUUAAAUAUAUAUUUUUAUAUUAUUAUCUACUUUAAUAUAACAGGGCAUUUUAUUUAUUGGGAUUUAUUUCAGACCAGGUGUUUGUGAUGAUAGAUACAGCAUUUUCCUCGUGAUUCGGUUUUAUUGCAUAUUACGGCCCCUGAAAUAACCGUGUAGUAUAGACCAAACAUAAUGUAUAGAAACUUUCAUCACUCAGGAAACUCUAUAUCUCUGUGUUGAUCAUCAGAUACCUCAAACUAGUUCUGCUUGUUCUCACUGGGGUUUACACUCACUGUGACAUACUGUCAACUUGACCAAAUGUUCUGCUGUUACUCAAAGAUGUACAUAAACAUUUCAAUACCUCACAGUUGCUCCGUGAACCCUUUGGAAAGUCAUUCAUUCUUCUUCGGUUGAAUUAACACUUUUUCAUGUUGUUGCCUCUUUUUAUAAUCAGAGUAAACUGGCCUGUUUAAAUUCUGGUGUGGAAAAUGUCCAUCAACCGCUACAAAAAUGUCAAACCUGAGUGGAGUACAGGAACCUGGAAGGCUUUUUUUAAACUGUCCUCAUUCACGCUGUAAACAACUUUGUGAUGAUGAUGAAAAUUGAAUCAGUUGUAUAAGACUGAGACACUGACUGAAGAUCUUUGUAUACUGUUGUUGUAAAUAAACAGAGCACAGAUGAUA